AUAAUUGGCAUUAUUCGUUAUCUCCCUACCUUUACGAAUCAUGUCGUGUGCAUAGGCUGAUCACCUUUGAAUUUCUCUGCAGCCGAGCUUAUCCUAAUUUUGCUUCUCUCUUUCGCAUCCUCUUCAUUUGCUUAUUUACUCGACGGGGUUCCAAGCUGAACCGUUUGGAACUUACCUUGAAAUUUUUCAUGAGACCGACCCAUUCAUCUUCAGGAGUGCAGCCUAAUACAAGCGCCUGUGCUGUAGUGAUAUCCGCCCUGCGUGUUUCUUCUUUGCUCUAGUUUUACCUACCGCAGAACCCAGCACCUGAGCGAAACUCCUGCAGGAGGCUUGCUCUUUAGGCAGUUGAAGCAUUCUCUCUGCCAGCCAAUUGCCACGACUCAACUGUGCCGCCACAUUUCUAAUACUGGCGGUCGAGAUAUCACAAGCCAUCUGUGACCGCUGUGGCUUUGCAUUCACUGCCUGCAAACCUCCACGUUACGUAGUGGACAAGUACUAUACCUGACAAAGUUGCCAAAGCUCUG